GAAGGGCAAACAUUUUUACGAAAAUUACCAACAACCGUCACGGUCCCCCUUGACUGGAGUCAGCAGAGUGGGAAAAAUAGAGCAUAGCUUCAAAAUUCCUUCGAAAGCAGAUUCAGCACCCAAUCAAUCUCAGAAAAAUGGAUCUGGGUUAUCUUCUACAGGCCUUAAUUCCCUCUUGGAACUCUGUUGCUGCUUUGGCAAUAUUCUUUGCUUACUUAGCUAUUGCUGGAUCUAUUUUACCUGGAAAACUUGUCCCUGGAGUCACACUGCAAGAUGGCUCUCGUCUCCAUUACCGUUGCAAUGGAUUUCUAGCUCUUGUUUUGUUAGUUGGGUUGCUCGGGAUCGGUUUUAAGAUGAAUUUCGUAUCACCCGCGAUGAUAUCAGACAGAGGAUUUGAGCUGUUAUCGGCAACUCUUAUAUUCAGUUUUCUUGUGAUGUUAGUACUCUAUGCUGCUGGCUGCAGGUCUGGUAGUAAAGGUUCUUCACUAAAGCCUCACAUCACAGGAAACCUAAUACAUGACUGGUGGUAUGGAAUACAGCUGAAUCCUCAGUUUUUGGGUAUCGAUCUCAAAUUCUUCUUUGUUAGAGCUGGAAUGAUGGGAUGGCUACUUAUCAACCUAUCAAUUCUAGCAAAAAGUGUUCAAGAUGGCUCUUUGAGCCAAUCGAUGAUUCUCUACCAGCUAUUCUGUCUGUUAUACAUUGUGGACUAUUUUGUUCAUGAGGAGUACAUGACUUCCACCUGGGACAUAAUUGCUGAGAGAUUGGGCUUUAUGUUGGUCUUUGGAGAUCUAGUGUGGAUUCCUUUCACAUUUAGCAUCCAGGGUUGGUGGCUUUUGAAUAACAAAGUGGAGCUGACAACAGCUGCUGCAAUAGCAAAUUGCUUUGUUUUUCUGAUCGGGUAUCUUGUAUUUAGAGGAGCCAAUAAGCAAAAGCAUGUAUUCAAAAAGAAUCCCAAAGCACUUAUAUGGGGUAAGCCUCCAAAGGUUAUUGGGGGAAAGCUGCUUGCUUCUGGUUAUUGGGGAAUUGCACGGCACUCUAAUUACCUUGGGGAUUUGUUGCUGGCACUGUCCUUCAGUUUACCUUGUGGAAUAAGUUCCCCCAUUCCAUACUUCUACCCUAUUUAUCUUUUCAUUCUGUUGGUAUGGAGAGAAAGGAGAGAUGAAGCCCGCUGUGCAGAGAAGUACAAAGAAAUAUGGGCAGAAUACUGCAGACUUGUUCCAUGGAGAAUAUUUCCAUAUUUGUAUUAGUCACAAAAUGCUGCUGGAAAUCUGUUGUGCAAUCUAAUUAUUGAUAUUUAGUCAUCCGUGAAAACAAAAACUUCUAAAAUUCCCGAAUGUAGCUUGAAAUUGGCUGAAGCAGGAAAAGAACCAAAUUGGGUUUUUUUUUUUUAAUCUGCCUCACUCCCCAAUUAUGUAAUGAGCUCCUGUCACUCUGUAAGGAUAAAGGCUGAUCUUUUCCAAGCAUAUUAACUCCACGUACAACCCCAA